GGAAUCAGUCACUGGCGAGUUGUGGUUGUGGGUGGUGACCAGUCGCCGAACGACCCGUCCGAAAAACUCGCUUCCUUCCUUCCUUCCGUAUUUAAGAAAGUAUCUCCCAAAUCGUCAUGGUACCGACCGGUUCGGCCUUCUAAACUUUAAAUUACGCGGCAAACUUCGAAUCUGUGCGCGCGGGAGUGCAACCCAACUUCAAAAGAAACCAAAACUAAAAUCCUUCAAAGAGCUAACUAAAAAGCAGACACCAAAAGAGAUUAAUUUCAGAUCCCAGAAUUUGAGAACUGAUAUGGAAAUGGAUUUAAUUCUAAAAUAAAAAUGCGUUUUGUUGUAUCACUAGAAGAAGACGAUUGUUUAGACUUUCGAGCAGACUACAUUCUUCCUGGAGAGACUGCUGUCAACCAAAAUUGACGCAUUUCAUCCGAGUGUCAAUUCUGAAGACGGACACGAAACAGAGAAAUGCGGCUUUUGGCUUUGGUUCGUGUCGAAUAUCGCUCGUUCGCUAAAGAAAUGUGAAGAAACGCGAACCUCAUUAGUCGCACAAUAACGUACGAUUCGAUCCGUGAAAGUGGCCGCAUCACGGAUUGUAAUUUUUGAGAUCAGGACCGAAAUCGGGAAGAUCGGUCCCUGGAAUCUACUAAUAAUGAAAAAACUCGAGAUUCGAUAUCCGGGAAGCAAUCUGACAAAGAUGGGGUUUAAUCAGCAAUUCAUGAAAGCUCGUCUUCAAACUCUGUUCAAGAAACCAAGCUCUGCCUAUCAAGAAAGUUCUCUUUGGAGGGUGGAUUUAAAAUAAGUCCCGGAUACGAGUUCCUUUCCUGGAUCCUAUAGUGCGCUUUUAGAGAUCUUUGUGAUUUUGUUAGGUGUGGAUUUAAAGUGACGAUAAAGUUCGCCAAGAUAGAGUAUCCUGGAGGAAGUGGAAUGUACGGGGGUGGUGCAGGGAGUACAGGAUAUGGUUUGGGACCCAGCCCUGGUCCCUCUCAUUAUGGGGUCCCACCACCACCCAUGGGUUAUCAAUUGGGACCACCACCUCCUCCGCCUGCGGGACCAGCGCCCGGAAGUCAGCUACUAUCUUACGGGCCCACCUUAUCGCCCCAUCAGAUACAACAGGUUCAAACCGAUUCGCCCCAGUCGAAAAGACGGAGAUCCGAUGAGGACGACCCAAGUGGGGCAAAAUAUCGUAGAAUGGAGGACGACAAUAUGCAGGACAAGGAGAGAUUUGCCAGUAGGGAGAAUCAUUGCGAAAUCGAGCGGCGGCGGCGGAACAAGAUGACCGCCUACAUCACCGAGUUAUCGGACAUGGUUCCAACAUGUUCGGCCCUUGCCCGGAAACCCGACAAAUUGACCAUCCUCCGGAUGGCCGUUGCUCAUAUGAAAAAUUUAAGAGGCACUGGAAAUACGAGUGCAGAUGGGACAUACAAACCCUCUUUCCUGACUGAUCAAGAGUUAAAACACUUGAUCCUCGAAGCGGCCGAUGGAUUCCUCUUCGUCGUCAGUUGUGAUACUGGUAGGAUUAUUUAUGUCUCCGAUUCUGUCGCACCUGUUCUCAAUUACUCCCAAAGUGACUGGUACGGAACUAGUUUAUACUCCCAAGUUCAUCCAGAUGACACAGAAAAAGUUCGGGAACAACUCAGCACUGCGGAACCUCAACAUGCUGGAAGGGUUCUCGACCUUAAAACUGGAACUGUGAAAAAAGAGGGUCAUCAAUCCUCAGUGAGAUUAUGCAUGGGAUCCAGACGAGGUUUCAUCUGCCGCAUGAAGGUCGGGAAUCUGCAAACUACUGGCGAUAUGGCAGCGGCUCACGGCCUUCAUCGCAUGAAACAAAGAAAUUCCCUUGGCCCACCAGCAAGAGACGGUCAAAGUUACGCUGUCGUCCACUGUACGGGGUAUAUUAAAAACUGGCCCCCUACUGGUGAGUUUGGUGAUUUUGUUCCCCAAUGUGUACCAGGUGUGGGCUUAGGUGACAGAGGCGUUCAGCCUGGACCGGAUGGGGUCGUCAGUGAUGAUGUCUCACCGCAUUAUUGCCUCGUUGCCAUUGGACGAUUGCAGGUCACUAGCACUCCAAAUACGAACGACUUGAGCGGUCCCAAUAGCAAUAGUGAGUUCAUUUCGCGUCACACCGAGGAAGGGAAAUUCACAUUCGUGGAUCAGAGGGUCGGUGGAAUUUUAGGAUACACCCCGUCCGAACUUCUGGGACAUCCUUGUUACGAGUUUUUCCACCCGGAGGAUCUUACGCACAUGCGAGACAGUUUCGAUCAGGUGAUAAAGCUCAAGGGGCAAAUGUUAUCGGUGAUGUAUCGGUUUCGGGCCAAAAAUCGCGACUGGGUUUGGUUGAGAACGUCAGCUUAUUCCUUCGUAAAUCCCUUCACCAACGAAGUUGAGUACAUCGUUUGCACAAAUCAAACAGCCAAACCAUUCCAUCCUGGAAGCGAAGGCCAAGCAGAAAAUGAAACUGUGGCAGCUUAUGGUCAGCCUGGUUUGGAUUAUUCUCUUCAGAGACAUCCUGCUCGUGAUCCUAUUUACCCCGCCCAACAUAUGAUGCAACAUCCGGCGGCUGUUGCUACUGCAGUUACAGUUCCUCAACAAGCUAGACCAUCAAGUACUCAGAACGUCUAUCAGGGAUACGAAACUACACAAUCGCCGAUAGCAUACGGGUCUCCAGGGCAACAAAGUGCAUCGUCUUCGGUUUUAAGUCGUAUUCAGAAACCGGCAAAUACUUCUCCGACACCUGUUCAGCAAACGUGGGCGAUUGGCCGACAGCAACCCGUGACGGAAGGUUAUCAGUAUAGUCAAUUAAGUCCCUCAAGAUCUCCAAGUGGCCCGACCUACACUCAACUCAGCAGCGGGGCGAGAACUCCGGCAGCCCAAUAUCAUGCAGUCACAACUGUGCCUAAUAAUCCUGGAAUGUGGGGAUGGCAAGGACAACAGCACCAAGCUCAGCAACAGGAUAACGGGCAAAAUUCCGCUCAAGUGACUCAACCCCAGCAAACUCACGCCGCACCCGGUGCCCCAGGUCCCCAACCGCAGGAACUCUCCGAUAUGCUUCAGAUGCUCCAGGAUCAAGGUGGAGCCUCUGGAUUUGAAGAUCUCACCAUGUUCAAUGCCAAUUUCUAGUAGCAGUUGGAGAACGAAAUCAACACUGCUGUUUCAUAGGGCUUCUUGAUUUCAACUUCCUCGGGAGCGAUUCGACAAUUCAAUUCGAUUUGUCUCGAUAAUUUGCAAUCAUCUCCCAUAGUUAGUUAGCGAAUCACAAGCUUUCAGUUGAUCGCUCCAGUCAAGAAGAAAGCACGAUUUUUCAAUUAAUCACAGACUCGAUCACGACGAAGCGAUCAGUUUUUGAUACGUAUCGCAUAGUUAUAAAUAUCCUAGGAUAAUUAUUAUCUGUUCGCGUUCUUCGGCAAACGGUCACUUCGGAGAAAUGAACGGGUGCGUGGAAAUUUCUGCAAAAGUGCCAUUAGUAGUAUGGACUCGAAAUAACGCUUAAGGUUCGGCAAACUCCAAGCUCCUGUCGAUUUUGGAAUUUAAAAAGUCAUGAUUGUCCAGUGAGCGCUGUAUCAUUGGAGAAUUUUUGAGUAUUGUUAUAUUUAUAGCAACGAUAGCCACUUUUAAUGCUGCAUAGACACCGCAUUUUAUAUAAAUAUAUAUAUAUAUAUAUAUAUAAAUAUCAUUCCUAUUCGUAACUACAAGUAGUUAGACACUAGUAGAUAACAUUGAAGCUUUGUGCAAAAUUCAAAAAGGAAAAUCGAGAUUGGUUUUAAGACAUUUUUAUCGAGCGCAGGGAAAGGUGGCUUCAUUCAAAAUUAGUCUAUAAAAUGGAAAUGUUCUUGACAAAUAUAAAUAAGUAGCACGAGCGAUUCCAGCUUUCUUUGGUCUCGAAAAAAAAACAACCGAAAAACAGUUGCAUAAUUUAUACUGUAAAAAAAUGCCUCUGUAUUUUCAGUAAGAACACUCGCGAAUGAAUGUAAUUACAGAAUUUGUUAACGCAGAGAUGAACUUGGCAGGAUAAAUAAUUGGUAUUGUAAUAUUCCUAUCAAUAGACAAUUCCUCUGCACUUAUUAUAAGUGAAGGUAUAAAAAUGACAAAUUUAACAACGUCCGAGCCUCUGGCAGUAUGAUUUCUCCCUUCCCAUUUGAUGGAGACGUCUUUGAGUAGAGAAUAAUUUUUAGAAUUGAACCGUUCAGGAUCAUGAUCAUUUUUGAAUGCCUAGGAUUAACAUAAUCAUUUUUAAUUAAUUGUUUAGACCGAGACUGUAAGCAGUGCAAUCGUUAAAGAUAUAUUUCAAAAUGUUGAAAGGAAUGUACAAAGUCGUACGAGCUAUUUAGCAUCAGUAGUACUUAUUUUCCCAAACAUAUAGUGUAAGAUUCAUUGACGAGUCAUUUACUUUCAAAAUUCUUCAAGCAAACUCGGAUUUCUGUUUUCUACAUUUCUUUAUUGUAAAUUUAAUUAAAUGUCAAUGUGUUCUGGAAUUGAUUUCAAACACUAAUAGAAUAUUUGUACGUAUUUAGCAGUUCGAAGAAAAUAACUUUCGACAACAUAUCACGUGAAAUAAAAAAAAAAUAUUUGCCGCAAAA